ACUAGCAAGCGUCAUGACUUUUUGUGCGUGUGUCAGCCUAUAUAUAUAGGCAGCGAGCGAUUCGGGAGGAGCAGAGGAUUUAUUUAUAGGUAGCUAUCUAGAGCAAUUGAAUUGAUAUUCGUCCAGGAAGACGAGGGAGAGGAGAUGAUGAAGGUGGAUGGUCGGAGGAGCAGCGGCGGUCAAGAGGAGUGGCGUCGUUGGGCGGUGCUGGUGGCCACGGUGUGGAUCCAGGCGCUGACGGGGACCAACUUCGACUUCUCGGCCUACUCGUCGGCGCUCAAGUCGUCGCUGGGCAUCUCCCAGGAGGCGCUCAACUACCUGGCCACCGCCUCCGACCUCGGCAAGGCCUUGGGCUGGUCGUCGGGGCUGGCGCUCCUCUACAUGCCGCUCCACGCCGUGCUGCUCCUCUCCGCCUUCCUCGGCCUCGCCGCCUACGCCGCGCAGUACUACUGCCUCCUCUUCCUCAACGGCGCCCUUGCCAUCCCAUACCCACUCGUGUUCUUAGUCUGCCUGACAGCCGGGUGCAGCAUCUGCUGGUUCAACACAGUCUGCUUUGUGCUCUGCAUACGCAGCUUCUCUGCAAGCAAUCGCUCCCUGGCCCUCUCCCUCUCCAUAAGCUUCAAUGGGCUGAGUGCUGCCUUCUACACUCUCUUUGCAAACGCUCUUUCCCCCUUCUCUCCAUCUGUCUACCUCCUUCUCAAUGCCAUCCUCCCUCUCGCUGUCUCUAUUCUUGCACUCCCAGCGAUCCUCCUCUGCCACCCUCAAGACAGCCACCUCCACAGCGUGCCCAAGCAUGACAGGCGUGUCUUCCUCGGCCUCUACAUCCUUGCAUUCAUCACCGGCAUAUAUCUAGUUAUCUUUGGAUCUUUCACCACAACCAGCUCCACUGCAUGGGUCAUCCUCACAGGUGCCAUGGUCCUCCUCGUCCUUCCUCUCAUAAUCCCAGCCUCGUCCAGUUGCUCACAUGUGGAUACACAUGGUCCUGACCCUGUGUCGCCUCUAAACCAUGAUGAUCCACAGAAGCCACUCCUACUCAGUAACAACCAUCAGAUGGAGUCCAAUGACAUGAUGCAAAAGGCAGUGGAACACCAGCUGCAAGGCUCUUGCUGUGGAACAAUACUGGAGAAGGGCCGUGUAGUGGUGCUUGGUGAGGAGCAUAGCGCAAAAAAGCUCAUUUGGUGUGUGGACUUCUGGCUCUACUACACAGCCUACUUCUGUGGUGCCACUGUUGGGCUGGUCUACAGCAACAACUUGGGGCAGAUUGCACAGUCAUUGCACCAGCAGUCACGGCUCACCAUGCUUCUUGCUGUCUACUCCUCCUGCUCCUUCUUCGGCCGCCUUCUCUCUGCACUCCCCGACUUCCUUCACAGGAAGGUGUCAUUUGCUCGGACAGGGUGGCUUACAGCUGCAUUGGUGCCCAUGCCAAUGGCGUUUUUCCUUAUGUGGAAAUUGCAAGAUGGAAGUACUCUGGUAGCAGGAACAGCACUAAUUGGCCUAAGCUCAGGGUUCAUCUUCGCUGCAGCAGUGUCAGUGACCUCUGAGCUCUUUGGACCGAAUAGCAUUGGUGUGAACCACAACAUCCUAAUCACCAAUAUCCCUCUGGGUUCACUCCUCUAUGGCCAGAUUGCUGCCCUGGUAUAUGAUGCAAAUGGUAGAAGGAUGACCGUACUGGAUAACCACACUGGCAUUAUUGACACCAUGGUGGUGUGCAUGGGGGCGAAGUGCUACUCGACCACAUUCUUUGUGUGGGGUUGCAUCACAUUGCUGGGGUUGGUGUCAAGCAUAUUUCUAUUCUUAAGAACAAGACCAGCUUAUGCUACUGCUGCUGGUCGGACUAGUUGUAAGCACCUUCACCAAGUUUCAAGUUCACAGAGGAAUCACGGUUAGCUUGUACAAAUUUUGAUUUAGUUCUAGCUGGACUGGGUUAGAUACAAUACAUGAAAUGAAUACCAUCAUGAGAGUCAUCAAGAGGACAAGAAAUGAUCAGCUUAGCAAUUGGUAUGUAAAGUACAUAACCAGUGUUCCAUUUACAGGGCAUUAGUACUAACAAGUCGGCCCAAAAUUACAUGAAAUCAGUUUGGACAGUUUGUUGCUA